UCAGUGUACGAUGCAAAAGAGGCAAAAGUCAGUUUGUCAGUUUGAAUCAGUUGAAAUGCAACCGUUUAGGAGUUUUGCCGGUGAUUAUUAAGUAUUUUAAGCGUUUUUGAUAUGUGAAUGUGUACGUUUAGCUGUAAUUAAUUAUCGCUGCUGUUCCCUCUUGUAUUAAGUGCAUUUGGUGUAAAUUUGCUUGUUGUGCUUCCAGUGCGCUACACUUGAUGUGCAAUAAAAACAGUUUGUGUUCAUAAUUUGCACUCCAUUAAUAUUUUGCGCACGCACACCUAAAUUGUGAUAUUAAACAACAGAAAAAGAAAAUUGUGAAAGUUGUAAGAAGUAUUAAAGUAAAAAUAUUGGUAUAUAAGCGAGAUAAACAAGACAGCGAAACUUCGUUAGCAGCUGCAACAAAUACAAGAACGACGCGAAUCAACAGCUCUGCUUCCACGUACACUGUGAAUUGACGCAACGUGCUGUUCUUGCUCCUUUUAUUCUGUCUGCUUCGCAAGAAAAUUUGCUGUCAUCGACGCUGACGUCGCCGCUAACCGAAUUUUGCUGCAGAAACCGCAACGCUACGUAUGUGAAAUUUGAUUAUUGUUUUUUUUCGUGUUGUGUUGGGUGCGUUGACUAUACGCUGUAUUAAUUUAUAGCGUUUAUUACAAGUUUUGUUUCUUUUCUCAAUCGAAAGAAUAUACCAUAACUAGAAGUGAACAAACAAAAGUAAAACGAAUUAUUAAAUCCAUAAUUGAAGAAAGUUGCUGCUUAAGUAAAAGAAGAAUACAGGACAACAGCAAAAAGACAAAAUGUCAGACACAAAAUCGUUUUCGAGCAUUGAAACACCUGGCUAUGUGGGCUUUGCCAAUCUACCGAAUCAGGUACAUCGUAAAUCGGUGAAGAAAGGUUUUGAAUUCACGCUGAUGGUGGUCGGUGAGUCGGGUUUGGGGAAGUCUACAUUGGUCAACAGCCUGUUCCUGACAGAUUUGUAUCCGGAGCGCGUGAUACCAGAUGCCAUUGAAAAACAAAAACAAACCGUGAAACUAGAAGCCUCCACAGUUGAGAUAGAGGAGCGCGGUGUCAAAUUGCGCCUAACAGUUGUGGACACGCCGGGCUUUGGAGAUGCUAUAGAUAAUUCGGAUAGUUUUAGCGCCAUACUAGAAUAUAUAGACGAACAGUAUGAACGUUUUUUGCGCGAUGAGAGCGGACUGAAUCGGCGCAAUAUUGUGGACAAUCGUAUACACUGCUGUUUCUAUUUUAUAUCGCCUUUCGGGCAUGGCCUCAAACCUUUAGAUGUUGAAUUUAUGAAGAAAUUACACUCUAAAGUGAAUAUAGUGCCUGUGAUCGCGAAAGCUGACUGCCUCACAAAGAAGGAGAUUCUACGCCUCAAAUGCCGGAUUAUGCAAGAAAUUGAGGAUCAUGGCAUUAAAAUAUAUCCACUGCCCGAUUGUGAUUCCGACGAGGAUGAGGACUAUAAAGAGCAAGUUAAACAGCUGAAAGAGGCCGUGCCAUUCGCAGUAUGCGGUGCGAAUACGCUGCUGGAGGUGAAGGGCAAGAAAGUGCGUGGACGCUUGUAUCCCUGGGGUGUCGUGGAGGUGGAAAAUCCCGAUCACUGUGAUUUCAUCAAAUUACGCACAAUGUUAAUCACACACAUGCAGGACCUGCAAGAGGUCACACAAGAGGUGCACUAUGAAAACUACCGUUCCGAACGUUUAGCCAAAGGACGCAAGGAGAAUGGCAUGAAAGUCGAGCGUGAUUCCAUGGUACCAACACAGAUUGUCGUGAACAGCGUCAUUUCCGAGAAGGACCGAAUAUUGCAAGAGAAGGAAGCGGAAUUGCGACGCAUGCAAGAGAUGUUGGCACAAAUGCAGGCCAAAAUACAAGCGCAACAGUAGGUGUAGCGUACGCAUCUUAUUCAUAUACAUAUAUAUAGAACAGGUGUAAGCAUAAAAACAAUAUACAACAAACGCAACUAAAGCAGCAGUAACAAUAAUCAGAUAUAAGGCAAGCAUGUACCAACGGCUGCUGCUCAGUUAUGAUGGAUAUAAAGCAAAGCACGGCUUAGCAUUGCAUUCCUAUUAGUCACAACUACAACAAGAGCGCGCAAAUGAAAAAGACAAAUAAGAACUUGUAUGCACGGUGCUUGUUAAACAUGUAUACAUACAUAUAAACGCAGAAAAAACUUGCAAAUAAUGUUUUAAAAGCACGUUUUGUUUUAUUUCGACAACUUGUGUUGGAAUUUUGCGAUAGCUUUUACGCAUAUACUUUCAUAUAGGCAUUAUUUUUGUAAUUCGUAAACCUUUAUAUUAAAAAAGAAAAAAUAUGGCGUAUUAUUUUUUACAUAUAUAAU